AUGUCUCAUCUACCACAAUCUCUUGAUGGUGGUGACCGUGUCUAUCACGAGGUGGCAGAUGGUAGCCAUGAAGGCGACCUCUCCAAAGACACCUUUAACGAGGUGAUAGACAACGCGGAUGUACACGAAGAAGAAAUACCACUUCGUAAUAUGGAACAUCCUGCGCCACCCAUAUUGUCAGCAUUGUCAGGUUCACCGCCUCCCUCAUCUAUGCAGCCUUCUGCGACAGUGCAACAACAUCAGGGACCAGACGUUGCUAGCCCUGAAAGUCAUAAUGAAACUCUUAAUCGAUCACAAUCUAGGUCAGCACGUAUUUUUGUGCAUACGGAUGGUCGCGGUCCUACCAUUACGCUUUCGCAGCCACCCGUCUCACCUACCGCAGCCGAUUCAUCAACGUUCCGCCCAAUGCACUCACUAAAAGAAUCGACCGGAAUCAAGCGUGCCAAUCAUCCAGGCAAUAUUAACUUGGAGGGACUACAACCCAAAAUUCCGGACGUGCUCGAUCAUGAUGAAACCGACAUGGACAACCAGCUAGGACGCACAGGCGUGGUGGGAGUCCACAGUGACGACCAUGACCGUCUCGCAGCCUUGGCUGAUGAACUUGAUGGCAUGGAUAGUGAAGCAGUCUCAGAGCAGCCUUCACCUGGCCAUGCCAUUAUACGUGACGAGGCAUUUCUGCCAGGUCUUGCAACUUUGCCCCCAGGAGAGGCAGAUCCCGAAAAGGUUCCAGUUGGUCUUGAUGAUGGGGGUCUAACAACGCCGGGUACUACUUCAGAUGGCUCGUAUGAUCCAAUGGAUGACCUUGAUAACGUCGACCUGAUUGAGGGCGAAACGGACGGCAUGCCAUCCAAACCACCUCGUUCUUCACGAAAGAAAAUUCAAGAUCAAGGAAAGACAGGCUGGAACAAACUUCGUCGUCUUCUAAGCGUUGGUGGAAACGACCGAAAUAACGAAGACUUGUCAGAAAAAGGUCUAUUCACGUCAGAAGCCACAAACUUGAAAAGUGUUCCUGUAAAAACGUCAUCUGGCAUUCGUGGCACUCGCCAUCGUAAACGGCCGAGUGCCAUGGAUCGUGAGGCCGCGAAGCUGGUGCGGGCUCAUAAGCUUUUGCAUGGUCGUGCUGAUUCCGAGGCUAGUGACGAUGAAGUGGAUCACAUACCUGACAUGAACCGGGAUCAUUUACCUGAUUCCGAAGUCAGUACACCCGACGCCCUCGAGACGGCCCAGUCUAUGGAUGCGCGCCCUGCUGAAACAAGUGGUGUUCUUGGUCAACUUCUCAAACUUUAUGACCAACAAAAUGAAGAAGAGUCGCGUGCGGAUGAGUCACAAGCCCCUGAGUCGGUGAUCACGUCUGAAAAUGGGACUUCCCUUGGUGGCGGACUCAAUUUGAUUGGCCAUAAUGUGGUCGAUGCGUACGGAAAUCAAGCAGCGAUUGAGGAUGUGGAUCCAAAAUUACUGAAGCAGGCUGCUGCAUCAAAACGUUCCUCGGAAUCUUGGCGUGAUCCAGCGAAGCAGUCCAUAUAUCGCACAGGCGGCGGUCUGAUCAACCUGGCCAACCAGAAUAUCACUUUAGCUUCAAGUGUCGGCCAAAGCGUUGUCAAAAAUGUGGCAGCAGAUGUCGGCUUGGACGUCAUGGACGAACGUCCCAAAGCAGCGCGCUCAGGUGCUGGCACUAUCGGUGGUUUGAUUGCCACUACAGGUAACUUGAUUGGCGCUGUGAGUCCAUUGCAUGCGCAGCUAGGGCCGAAUCCAACUCGAGCUGGCUACACACUGGACCGGUAUCUGCUGCCCGACAUGAACGAAAAGACUCUUCGACGCACGGCUAAGAUUGUCGCUGAAGCUGCUCCUGUUCCUAAGAAGAUGCGCGCCGCUCAGUCUUUGACAAGUGGUGCACCUUUGACGCCCAAUACGUUCGCCGCAUAUGUGCAAAAUACCAAUGGUACCAAUCCGUACUUUCUUCAAUCAGAUGGCAAGUCCGUCGCUGGCAACUCUGCGACGUCAUCCCUCAAGCGUAGUGGCAAUGCUGUCGGGCAUGUUGGGAAGCAGCUGUUACAUCGAAAAUGGCCAUCGAGUUCAGCGUCUGACGACAAAGCAGACUACUUUGCGAACGCAAAUCCUGAAGAAGUCGCAAGGAGAGAGUGGAAGAAAAAACUGCGUCGUCGAAAGAUGCGCAGCAAAAAGCAAGAAAUUUUCAUUACGAUGCAUGUUGCUGCAAUUCUAAAACGGCAGGAAUUUCUGCUCAAGCUUUCACGAGCAUUGAUGAUGUUCGGUGCCCCAACACAUCGCAUUGAGCAGCAAAUUCAAUCCACAGCAAAUGUGCUUGAAGUUAAUUGUCGAUGCGUGUACUUCCCGUCUGUUAUGCUUUUGUCGUUUGGCGAUGAAGCUACUCACACAUCUGAGACCAAAAUUAUCAAGCAGGGCAGUGUUGUGGACUUGACUAAAUUGACGGACAUGCACUCGAUUUACUGGAAAGUCAUCCACGACAAGAUCGGCGUAGAGCAGGGAUCCAAGCAAUUGGAUGCUCUGAUGCGCCGGAAGCCACUGAUACCAAAAUGGCAGCUUGUUAUUAUCAGUGGUCUUGCUUCCGGUUUUAUUACUGUGGGUGAGUGGGGCUUCAAAGGCUCGUUGCUCGAUGCUAUCGCAUCUGCCUGUCUCGGUGCCUUCAUGUGCUUUUGCCAGCUUUCGACGACCUCUGAAUUGUACUCGAAUGUAUUUGAAAUCGUAUUUGCAACACUCAACUCGUUUAUUGCGAUGGGUUUGCACCAUAUCGGUCAAGUUCAUGUGAAUGAUCAAGUUCAUUAUGGUCGCUACUUUUGCUAUAAGGCGGUUGUAGCAGGAUCAAUCGUGCUGAUUCUACCAGGUUUUAUUGUCCUGACAGCUGCGUUAGAGCUUCAGUCCAAAAACCUCGUAUCAGGCUCAGUGCGUCUCGUGUAUGCGAUUAUUUAUUCAGUUUUGCUCGGCUUAGGCAUCAUGAUUGGUGCUUUACCGCUAAUGGGAAGUCGCACUUUUCAAAUUGAAUGCACAGCUCGUGACGAUUUCCCUCACUGGUACAACACACCACCUGGUCAGUCUGGAUCUCCGUCGUUUGCAUGGGCGUUUUUGACUGUACCUGGCUAUGCCACGCUAUUAUCUUUGCGCAACCAAGCCAAAGCAACACGUAAAGAGUUCCCUGUGAUGAUCUUGAUUGCCAUCUGUGGCUGGCUUGUCAGCAACUUUGCUAUGAUUGCGGACAAUGUAAAUUCAGACUGCAUGGGCAAAUCAGAUGGCCAUUGCCCCGUCCCCGAGGUCCUCAAGGACCAUACGUAUUUGUACUCGGCUAUGGGCUCAUUCACGGUUGGCAUUCUAUCCAACAUCUACGGGCGCUUCUUUGACGGUCGCAGCUUCGUUGUAUCUGUGCCUGGUAUUUUAUAUCAGCUGCCUACAGGUAUGACGGGCUCGCCGGAUCAGGCGACUCUAUGGAAUCUCGCUAAGAACCCUCAGAGCAACACAAGCGCUCAGGGCUCCGAAGUAACCUCUGGUCUCCAAAUUGGUGCUCAGCUGCUGAACAUUUCUCUUGGUAUCGCCAUCGGUCUGUUUGCCUCAUCACUUUUGAUGUUCUUCCUCGGUGGCCGCAAAGUUCGCGGCGGCGGUAUGUUUUCGUUCUAA